GCCAUCGCAGUGCCGAGUUGAUCCCAGAGAAAGAGGGCAAAACGAGCUCGGCGAGGCAGCUGAGGGUUUCGAUGGGCUUGGUGGAGGCGAUGGAUGGUCGGAUGAGCCUGUCGGACACGGUGUUCAGCUUCUUGGAGGAAGGAGAAGGAGGAGGAUCCGGCGCCGGUACCGGCGAGAGCCUGGACGGCAGCUGCCGCGGCGGCGGGGAUGGCUUCGACAGCAGCGACGAGGGGACGAGCGACGGCGCCGUGGAGAACAAGGCUUUCUGGGAGUCACAGCAGCAGCUUUUACGAGAAGCCCUUUCUCGGACCAGCUCCACGGAGGUGAAGCUACUGCAGCGCACAAACGACGCCGUAAACAAGAUGCGGGCCGAGGGCGUCGUCUGUACUUGCUCGAGUAGCACGGCGAAGGAAUGCCGGAACUGCGCACUAGUGUUCGUCGCGGAGCAGCUCCACCGUCUCGGAUACAACAGCGCCUUGUGCAAGUCCAAAUGGAGGAGGUCGCCGGACAUCCCUUCAGGUACUCGUGGACGCUUCUCCUUUCGGUGCUCAUGGUGUUCCACGAAAUGGAUCACCCGAUACGAUAUCGACGUACAACCGCAGUGCGUGAUGUUGCUCGGCGAAAUGGUUACAGGGGAGCACCGGUACGUCGAUGUGGUGAUGGAAACGAAGAGCGGGAAGAAGGGCCCCGUCAGGCUGGUGAUAGAGCUACGCUUCCGAGCUGAAUUCGAGAUGGCAAGAGGCAGCCAGGAGUACAACAGCCUGGUGAGCUGCCUCCCGGAGGUGUUCGUGGGCAAGCGGGAGAAGCUGCGCGGCGUCAUCAUGGUCAUGUGCGCCGCCGCCAAGAAGUGCAUGAAGGACAACAAGAUGCACAUGGCCCCGUGGAGGAAGCACAAGUACAUGCAGUCCAAGUGGCUGGGGACGCCGGAGAGGACGGGCCCGGUCAUGUCCUUCCCGGCCGCCGUUGUUGUUCCGGAUCACCCACAGCCCAAGCUCAGGGCUUCCAUGUUGACCUUCGACUUGCACCGCACCGCCGUGGAAGUCGUCUGAAUCGGAGACUCGACACCGUUUCCGAGCUUGAAACCUCCACCUGGUCUUCAGUUUUGGCACACCUAAUUAAGAGUGUAAUGUCGCCUGUAAACUAUCAUCCUUGAAUCAUACGAGUAUCGUAGAAA